AUGGCCCCUGGUGCAGAUCAUGAAGGAUACAGCUUUGGCGAGCCCGUGGGUGCGACUACAGUUGUUGUUGUCGGCGCAGGGCCGUCUGGCCUGAUGCUCGCGUGCAAUCUUGCUCGCUUUGGCAUUGAUGUCGUUGUUCUCGACGAUCGCCCUGACAAAACCUCCACUGGCAAGGCAGAUGGCAUGCAGCCCAAGACCAUCGAAACAUUCAAGCAAAUGCGACUGGCAGAGCCCUUGCUGAAGAAUGCAGCUCGGGUAUAUGAUAUCUCAUUCUGGCAAUCCACCGAAGACGAGCCACUCCGGCGAACAGGUCGCCAAACCCACUAUCCCGAGCAUCUUGUGGGAGCUUCUGACCCUUAUAUCCUCUUAGCUCACCAGGGCAUGAUUGAAGAGAUUCUGAUCGACGAUAUGGAAGCACGAGGUGUAUCUGUAACUCGAAAUGCCCGCUUCUCAUCUUGUUCCAUGACUGGUAUAGGCCAGCUAGAGGUUUUCUAUGAAGAUUUAUCAACAAAUACGAUGAAAACGAUCCGUGCUGAAUAUCUCAUCGGAUGUGAUGGCGCAAGGUCAAAAGUGCGAACAUUUAUUCCUGAUGCUGAGCUCGAGGGUGAAAUGACCAACGCGUCAUGGGGUGUUCUAGACGGUGUCAUUGAUACCGAUUUCCCUGACCUGUGGAGCAAGGUAGCGGUUCGCACCCAUGUUGCUGGGUCAAUUCUCUGGAUUCCACGAGAACGCAAUAUGACACGAUUAUAUGUCGAGCUAAGCGCGACGGAAGGAGAACGAGUAGACAGGGCGAAGGCAACAACUGAAUAUGUCAUGCAGCGCGCAAAGGAGGCAAUGCAUCCAUUCAAGCUUGAAUGGAAGACAGUGGAGUGGUUCGGAAAUUACGUGGUCGGUCAACGAGUCGCGAAGCAUUUCAUGAAUCCUGAUGCCAGGAUCUUCAUCGCCGGUGAUGCCGGUCACUGCCACUCGGCUCUAGCAGCUCAAGGCGCCAACACAAGCAUGCACGAUACUUUAAACCUUGCAUGGAAACUCAAUUUCGUGAUUCGCGGGCUAGCCAAGCCAUCUUUAUUAUUCACUUAUGAGGAAGAGCGACGCAAGAUUGCCAAUGAUCUAAUAAAAUUUGACGUGGAGCAUUGCAAAGCAUUUGAGCAAGGUGAAGAGGCGCUGGCGAAUAAUUUUAACGAGAAUAUUCGAUUUAUUUCUGGCGUGGGAGCCGAGUACUCUGCUGGCAAGUUGAAUCGGGCCAGCAACGGUUUAUCAACACCUCUUCAGCCAGGUGAAUUACAACUUCCAGCAAAGGUGACUAGAUACGUCGAUGCAAAUCCAGUGGACAUUCAACUUGAUAUUCCCCUCUUGGGUCAAUUCCGCAUCUACCUUUUUGUCCCGGACGUUCCAUCAUCGUCGAACUUCUUGAACACUCUUUGUGAGGCCAUGGCCGAACUCAAUGGGCGCGAGAAGCUAUCCACUGGAGAACGGCAGUCAUAUGCGAAGAAGCCCCGAGGGCUGGUUCCAGCAGAUGAAUUCUUCUCGCCCCAUAGAUACACUGCCGUGUCUGACGUUUUUACCUAUGCGAUGGUGACUCAGUCUGCCAGGCAGGAUUUUGAGAUUGCAGAUCUGCCGCAGUUGUUGCAGGAUAGUCGAUGGACAUUAUAUCUUGAUACAAAUGCUACAGAAAAGUGGUUUGGAAACCUUCCAAACGAACAAGUUGGAAUUGCGAUAGUACGUCCGGAUGGAUAUUGCGGAAGCAUUGGGACAUGGCAACAGUGGGAGGCACAUGACGCAAGCAGAUGGAUAGAACAGUACUUUGAAUUUAUUUUGUAA